AUUUUAACGACUGCGCUACUCUGCACUGUUCCCUCGUUCCGUUGUGUUCAGCCUCCCCAGAUUCCUUUCCAUCGGUCGGAGCUACUUGUCUCCUUCGACAUGGCGUCUCUCAAAACACCACUCGAGUAUGUUCAAUCAUGUUGGGAACGUGUCUCGCAGAAUUCUCCAGUCUACAGCUUCUUCUUCUCCGACAUUGUGCUUGUGAGCGCCACCGAUGGCUCAAUGGUGGCUAGCUUGAAGGUACACCCUAACCUUCUCAACUCGAAAGGGACCCUUCAUGGUUCUGUAUCGGCCACCAUUGUGGACUGGGCGGGUGGCAUGGCUAUCGCAAGCACCGGAAUGGAAAAGACUGGACUCAGCACCGACAUUCACGUCUCGUAUGUUUCGACGGCGAAGCUAGAUGAUACCUUGACCAUUGAGGGUAAUGUCAGCAAAGCCGGAAGGAACCUAGGUUUCACUACUGUCACCAUCUACAAGGGAGAAGGCGAUGAAAAAUCCAUUGUGGCACAUGGCACGCACACCAAAUACAUUCUUCGUGAUCGCACAUGAUGUGCAAGUCACCAGCACCGGAAUCUUCUUUGCAUCAGGCAUAUCUCGCUCCCAUGAUGCCUCUGAUUCACUCGGAUACCGGAGAAAAGUCUUCACUCCUAAAGCUUUAGAUCUCUAUCGCACCCUGCCUUACUCCUAUGGGAACGUGUAGAGAAUUAUGGAGUGAGACAUUGGGCAUUUCAUGGGGCUGAGGGGGCCAACCAACCUUGGGCCAGCCAUUGUGUCCAGAUGCCUCCGACCUCCUUGGCCAGAGCCAUUGGUGUGCGUCCAUCAUUAUCUUCCAAUGUGCGAAUGUCUGGUUGCGAUCUUCUAUCUUCCUUCUGCAGGUCAAGAUUUUUCAUAGCCUCCAGCACAGCGGGGGGGAAAUUGGACCAUUCCAAUUCCGAAGCGAGAGCCAACAGAAGCCAGGCAACCUCUUGCUGGUUGUGUCGGAUUGCCACGUGAAGACCAGUCCCGUCCACGGCUUCGAAUGUCCCACGGU